AUAUAACAAUUUUACGACUUCACCGGUUCUGUUUUAUACUAUAAUGCUGACUGCACACUAUCAAUGUUCAGCAAUGUGUGCCGGAUCUGCGAAAGUUCGGCAAAAUAUAUCGCUUAAAAAAUACGUAUAAAACCGUUGAAAUGAAGCGCCGAAACAUGUUAUGUCGGGAGACUGUGUGCAAGUUUAACAAGAAAUGCCUACUAUGUAUCGUAAUAGUAUUUGCGAUUGGAUUAUCUUCUUUAUUUUACUGUAUAAAAUAUACUACUCAUAAUGUAUCGAAUCAAGCUAAACCAUACGCCGUAAUAAAUUCAAGGAUAUUGGCACCAGUAAUGAGUGCACUGAAAAACGAAAUACCAACUCACAAUGAAAAAACUAGGACCAAUCAGAGUCACAAAAUUGUACCACACAUUAUUCACGGAAACACUUCAACGAAUUGUCCAAAGAUACAACCACAUUACUAUAUUGUUGCAUACGCUACUACCAACCCGGGUUGUAGGAUGUAUUCCUGUUUUAACUACUCAAGAUGUCCCCUUGUUGACGGUUUUCGUGUUCAUUUAAACGAUUUUGAUAAACAUAUGACAGUACAUAAAGACUAUACUACAACUUUUUUUAGUAAAAUGUUGAGUUUUAAUAAUGUCGUUACCAUGAAGAAGGAACAAGCUUGCGUUGAUUUAAUCCUUGUUGAUACGAAUUAUAAAGGGAAAGUGUUCACAAAAACGUCCGAGUUGCACAAAUCGACGAGUAGAGCAGUCAACAAAACAUUGCUAAAUUUCGGCCAAACUAGCGGCAACAAUGUUGUAUGUAAUUUGGCGCAGGGUUCAUUGACGGAUAAUGUGGGGAAUGCCAUCUUGGCUCAGUCCACAUUCAGCCAGCAACAGUACCGACCAGAAUAUGACGUCAUCAUCCCACCAGCACAAGUUGCUAACAAUGGCGAUGUGUGGAACCAUAUUACUUCAAGAAUAGGCGCUAAGAAGAAAUAUUUUCUUAGUUUUCAGGGCAAGCCUUCAAAAUCAAUUAACAAAAUUAUGACAACAGCUAUGAAUGUUUUAAACAAAAUGGCUAAAUAUAGCCAAAAGUCUUAUAUCAUUCAGUUCAGUUGUAAGAAAGUUGAUAAACAAAUAGAGUUAACACCUGAAGAUUGGGCUUUAUGUGAUGACAGUGAUCAUAGAAGAAAAAUACUGGAAGAGUCUACUUUUGCACUCAUAAUAAUUUCAUCAGAUAGUAUCUAUGUUUCGACUACUGUUUUACAAACUAGAUUAUGCGAAGCAUUGGAAUCCGGAGCGAUACCUGUCAUUCUUGGAGGAGACAGAAUCCGCUUACCAUUCGAAGAAGUUUUGGACUGGCGCAAGGCAGUGAUUACUCUGCCAAUAAUACGAGUAUCUGAAUUGAAAUUCUUAUUGAAAACCUUUACGAAUGAAGACAUCCUAACAUUUCAGAGACAAGGACGCUUAUUUUGGGAAAGAUAUUUAAGUUCAGUGCAAACUAUUCUCGACACCCUUUUAGCUACGAUUCGAAGCAGACUGAAUAUUCCACCGAAAGUUGCAACUUCCAUAACCAACACGUAUAAGUUACAAUUGAAAAAAACUAAAGAGAAUUUCACAAGGGUAUCAUCACAAAGUUAUAAGCGGAACUUCACUGUAGGUUUGGUAAAUGGAUAUGACCAAUGGAAUGUGUGGGGUGAUCCAUUCACUCUACAUCCACAGUUACCGUGGGAUCCAUUGAUAACUCCUGAAUUGGGGGAGUCAACAGCAAAGCAGUUUGGCCACAACUGUUUGGAUCAUGUAGAUAAUUCUGCAGAAAAGUUUACGAUUGUUAUCCUGGCACACGAUAGAUUCACACCGCUGCCGCUGGCUCAAAGUCUUAAAUUGCUUUCUAACAUCUCUAAUCUAAAUAAGAUUCUUGUAGUUACCAGUGAUCAAUUUAACAUAUCAACAGAUGGAUGGCCGAAACUUGAUGUUUCUAUAAUAACAGUUAAACGAACGAAAAAAUCGCCCAGUAACCUUUUUCUACCUUAUGACUUGGUUGAUACAGAAGCAGUGUUAUGUUUAGAUGAAGAAUUUAUUUUGACUCCAAAAGAAAUCAACUUUGCAUUCAAGAUAUGGCGUGAGCAUCGAGAUCAAAUUGUGGGUUUUCACGGUCAACAUUAUGCAUUGGAUAAAACUAAUACUGGUCUCAAACAUCCGACGAUACAUAAAGUAUAUCAUAAUAAUAAUUCUAUUCAAUGCGAGGCCAGCAUUGUACUGCCUGCAGCCGCAUUCAUCCACCGUUACUACUUAUGGGCCUACUGGCAGUACCUACCUUUACCUAUCAGGAGAUACGUGAACAUGCACCAGAAUUGCGAAGAUAUAGCCAUCAAUUUCUUAGUCUCCCACAUCACCAGGAAGCCUGCGGUUUUGAUUGAACCAAUUCCCACAGGGGUAAACAAUAGUAGCAAAAAAUUACAUCACAAGCCGUUAACAGAUCGUCAUAAAAACUAUGAAGACAAGCAAGCAUGCUUACAAUUUUUUACUAAGGUAAUGGGUUACAAUCCGUUGCUUACCAUACACCAUCAAGUUAAGAUCUACUCAAAACAAAUUGAUUGAAUCGUGUCAAAAUAAAUAAACGCAUAUUAUUAUGAACCUGAAGGACCCACAAACUCAGCAUGAAAAGAGAUAAACGCUUUUGUUAUUAAAUAAAUUAAAUUAAAAUUA